AUGUCAGAAAAUAACACAAAUUCAAUUUUUUAUAAUAAAAAGAAAUACUUUUUCCUUAAAUUUUUACAAAAGAAAUCAUGGCGUUAUAAAAAAUAUAUUUGGAUAUUAUUAAGCAGUAUUCUACUUAUAUUUUUUAUAAUUAAAAAUAGAAGCACUAGUCCAACAUUAACAUGGAAACAUGAUGAACUAAAAAAAAAUGACACUAUUUGGGAGAUAAGACAAAGCCAAGUUAAAGAUGCUUUUUUACAUAGCUGGAAUGGAUAUAAGAAAAAUGGAUGGGGAAAAGAUAAAUAUAGUCCAGUUUCAAAAACAGGAUUUAAUAAUAUUUUAUCUGGUGGAUCUGGGUGGAUUAUUGUAGACAGCUUAGAUACUUUAUAUAUCAUGGGAUUAAAUAAAGAAUUGAGAAAUGCAAGAAACUGGAUUGCAUCUUCAUUAAAUUUUGAUCAAGAUGAAUACAUUAGUACAUUUGAAGCAACUAUCCGCAUGCUUGGUGGACUUCUUUCUGCAUAUUUUCUAACCAAAGAUAAUCUUUAUCUUACUAAAGCGACAGACUUAUCUAAUCGAUUGUUAAAUGCUUUCAAUUCAUCCAGUGGUAUUCCCUAUUCUAGUGUUAACCUACAUAGUGGAGAUGGAUAUGUUUAUGGAGGAAAUGGCUGUGCUUCUACAGCAGAGGCAGCUACUUUACAACUAGAAUUUAAAUAUAUUUCAUUCUUAAUAAAAAGCGAAGAACAUUGGAAAAAAGCCGAAAAAGUCAUGAGGAUUAUUAAAGAUAACAAUGUAAAAGAUGGGCUUGUGUCGAUUUUUAUUAAUGUCACAGAUGGGAAAUUCCGAAAUAAUUAUAUAACCCUUGGAUCUAGAGGGGAUUCAUAUUAUGAAUAUUUAAUUAAGCAAUAUUUAUUGACAAAAAAAAGGGAAAAAAUAUAUCUGAAAAUGUUUGAAGAAGCAGUUGAAGGGAUUAAAAAACAUAUGGUAAAAUACUCUAAACCAUCAGGAUUCACAUUUGUUGCAGAACUACCUAAUGGUAUUGAUAAUAAUGCAUCAUUUAGAAUGGAACAUCUUGCAUGUUUUUUAGGAGGCACACUUGCUUUAGGAGCAAAAGAAGGAUUGAAUCUUGAAACAGAAGAAAAAAAAUUAAUAGAAAAAUAUAAAGAUACUUUAAAACUUGCAGAAGAAUUAACUCGAACAUGCUAUGAAAUGUAUAACGCAACAGUAUCUAAAAUUUCCCCAGAAACUGUAUAUUUUAAUCUUGACGACAAAAAUGAUAAAGAUAUUUUAAUUCGUGAUCAAGAUGCAUAUAAUCUGCAGCGCCCUGAAACAGCGGAAAGUCUUUUUAUCCUAUGGAGAAUUACUAAAAAUCAAAUUUAUCGAGAAUGGGGAUGGUCGAUUUUUGAAGCAUUCAGAAAUCACUCCAAAGUAGAAGGAGGAUAUACAUCACUAAAAAACGUUUUAGUAGAUCCACCUACACUGGGAGAUGACAUGGAAAGUUUUUGGCUGGCGGAAACUCUAAAAUGGCUUUAUUUAUUGUUCAGUCCUGAUAAUGUUCUUCCUUUAGAUGAUAUUGUUUUUAAUACAGAAGCUCAUCCUUUCCCUAGAUUUGAUUUAGAAUCAUUAGGAUUUAAUGCUGGUUGGACCCAAGAAUGA